GCAACUUGAUACAUAAGGCUAUCUCCCACAUUUCAACCACUCUUUGUUUACAACCACGCAUUUACAACCCUGCUUCACGCGUUCAUGUUAUUGCGAUCCUUUUACUAGCCAUUCCCGCACUUUCCCCAGCAGUUUACGCGGCUCAUUCGGACUAUUCGACGCGUCGACCUGCCCUUAAAUUUACCUACUCAGUAUGCCUCUCCGACAGAGCUUACUGAGUUUUUACAAGUCAAGAGCAGAUAAUGUUGAGACCAAGCCCAUCGGCUCCAUGAGUGGUCCUCCGCAUAUGGCGAGAACAGCCAGCUCGACGUCCUCCGAAACCGAUCCAGACACCAUCGUGGUACUUGCUCCCCUACCAACGCAGUUGCCAACCCCGUCCGAAAGCUCGUGUGACGUGUCUAUCCUUGAUGCUCAAGUGGUUCGAAUGAACCAAGUGCCUAAAGGACGAGCACGACGCGUAAGUCAACGCGUGACAAGACGUGGCAGUCAGGAUGUGCUUGUGACAAGCGCCGAGGAUGAGAGUCUCAAAACCAGGACUGUAAGUGGGGAGACUCUGGUCAACAUGGACAACGCAAGUCAGUCAACACUGGUCAAAGAAGGCAUUGCUGCCCUGGACUUGCCGUGGAACAUGAGCGAAGUAUUCUCGAAAGGAAAGAAGGGCGUCUUGGACGACGAACGCGACACUGCAAUGGAGGAUACAGUACUCACAAAUGAUCCCGAAGAUGAGGAAGAGCAACGUGUGCGAGAAGAGAGAGCCGAAGCGAAGAAAGCAAAAAUGGAGGAGAACAACAAACUAUGGAAGGAGAGACGCUUGACGGCAGAGAAAGAGGCCACCAGAAGAUCUUUCCGCAUGCCUGUCCUUGAGAGGGCUGGAGGGCUGGUUGCGAAUAUUGCCAGCACUGUAUUGGGAAAGAGGAAAGACAGGGCUCCGGAGUCAAGAACCAGCACGAGGAAGACUAUGGGCAGUAUGGCAUCAGAAGCUGUUCUUUCAGAGCCCAAGACGAAGAAACCACGUGUCAGCCAGGCCGGGUCUCUCCUACCCGAAGAAUCACCUCAACCAAAAACCCUUCCACGACGACGGGAGAAGAAAUGGCUCUCGACCGGGCUGUACGCAGGUCAACCAAGGAUUUCGACCGAGAACAAGAACAAGCGCAAAAGCGUCGGAACCUCUGAGCCACCCAGAGAGAAUAAAGCUCUGCCGCUGCCUAUGUACGCUGGCGAGCGCCUUCUGAAGCAAGGCCGAGACUUUAAACUACCGUUUGAUAUCUUCUCUCCUCUGCCUUCUGGGCAGCCCAAACCGGAUGAGUGGAAGAAAGUGAACAAGAACGUCUUUGUUGGCGACGCAGCUCAAUUCUGGCGUGUGUCUAAGUUCGAAGAACACUCCAGCUGCAUGUGUAAGCCUGAAAAUGGCUGUGAUCAGGAUUGUAUGAACCGUUAUAUGUUCUACGAGUGCGAUGAACGGAAUUGCAACCUCACGCCGGAGCAAUGUGGCAAUCGGCCAUUUGAAGGGCUCAAGCAGCGAGUCAAGAAGGGUGGAAAAUACAAUGUUGGAGUGGAAGUCAUCAAGACCGAAGACAGGGGUUAUGGUGUACGCAGCAAUCGGACCUUCGAACCCAACCAGGUCAUCGUGGAGUAUACAGGCGAGAUCAUCACACAGGAGGAAUGCGAGAAGAGAAUGCACACCAUGUAUAAGAAAAACGAGUGCUACUAUCUCAUGCUAUUCGAUCAAAACAUGAUUAUCGAUGCCACUCGCGGAUCUAUCGCACGAUUCGUCAACCAUUCGUGCGCUCCCAAUUGUAGGAUGGAGAAGUGGACCGUCAAUGGCAAGCCUCGAAUGGCACUCUUUGCUGGUGAUCGUGGUAUCAUGACGGGUGAAGAACUGACCUAUGACUACAAUUUCGAUCCAUAUUCUCAGAAGAACGUGCAGGCAUGCAGAUGUGGUGCCGACAACUGCCGUGGAGUCCUAGGACCACGAUCAAAGGAGGAACGGAAACAGAAGAGUUCAGAGGAAGAGGUUAAGAAGAGCGGCAAACUUGCGGGAGCGAAAAGAAAGAUCACCGAGGCGAUAGAGGAAGGUGUGAGCCGCAUCACCAAGAAGGCCAAGAUUGCCGCGCCCAAAGCAAAGGUCUACAAGUCCACUGGCAACAGUCCAAUUCAAGUUCGAAAGGUGAAGUUGAUCAAGCAAGUCGUCAGUCGAAAAGGCAGCAUGACAGCUCUUGGUGGUCUGACGAGGCAGCCUUCGAAGCUCGGGCGACUUGUUGCCACUGCUAAGAGCAAAACAAUCAAAGCCAGAGUGGUAUCUACGUCGUCUUCAAAGGCGUUGAUCCCGAAAGAGAAUCCGGCUGAUAGACCCAAGGUGCCGGUUCGGUCAUCCAGCUUGCGCGAGAAAGCAUCGAGUGUCAGAAGUCGAGUUGUGAGGACUGUUCGUGGAGGUAAUAGUGGGAAGGAUAGGACGAUCAGAACGGUGAUGGACGAAGAUGAGAUACUGUGAACCAGGUACAGAGCAUGCAGGGAACCUUUGAAGCAGACACCCUGGCGAUGGCGCAAGAAGUCGCAGCUUGGAGGUUGUGGACGAAAAUGUUAUGGAUGUCGUGCUGGGUUUGAUUUCAGAUUACUCCAUCAUUGAAGGAAUGAGCAAUGAAGAGGGUUACUACGUUGCCCCAUGGGCGGACUUCUCCUGUUUCGUGGAGAAGCAUCGGCACAUCACAAGCAUAUACCACAACCAACCUUUAUA